GUCAGUUUUUGAGUAUCUAUGAAAUCCUUUUGAUCUUGGUCGAUAUCAUGGUUGAAUAUUCCCGCUCAUCCACCGACAGCAAUGGUUCUCAAAAUCAUGUGUAAUCUAUAAUCAAUAUAGAUUGCAGGUUAUGGGUAUAAUAAAAAUUAAAAAACUGGGUGAAAUUGUAUUAUUUUUCGUUUGCAUUGGCCCCGCUAUCCGUUACAACCGUUUCAACCAAAAGUAGGUAGUAAUGCAUUACUGUGCGCCGAACACUUUAUGACAUUUAUGCGGAAUACCAUUCAGAUUCAAAUGACCCAUUGGGUAUGGCCAAAGUCACCAGGAAAUGGGAAAUGUUCCCUGGUCGAAACCGAUUUUGCUGUGACGGCCGGCUCAUGAUGGCACCGCAUGCGGCAGUGUUCUACAUCAAUGUGAUCCUCAUCAUUGGCACGAGCGUCCUCUUCUUUGUAUUCGACUGUCCAUACCUUAGCCGUCGUGUGACUCCUGUGAUUCCAGUCAUUUCGGGAGUGUUGUUUCUCUUUGUCAUUGGCUCGUUGUUCAAGACUAGUUUCACGGACCCGGGUAUUAUUCCCAGGGCGACUGACGACGAAGCCGCUUACAUCGAGAAGCAAGUUUACAUUAGUAUACCAAACAAUGGAGGCACCCCUACUAUACGACCACCUCCUAGAACCAAAGAGGUAGUCAUCAAAGGAAAUUCAAUCAAGUUAAAGUAUUGUGUAACAUGCAAGAUUUUUAGACCGCCAAGAGCAUCUCAUUGUAGUUUAUGCAACAAUUGUGUUGAAAACUUCGAUCAUCACUGUCCAUGGGUAGGAAAUUGUGUUGGUCGUCGGAACUACAGGUUUUUCUAUAUGUUUAUUGUUUGCUUAUCUUUACUUAUCAUCAUCGUGUUCAUUGGAGCAGUACUACAUUUAUUUUACUUAUCUGAAAACAGACUAAUGGUAGAUGCUAUUUCUGAAUCACCUACUAGCGUGAUAGUAGUAAUUAUUACAUUCUUUAGUUGUUGGAGCGUAAUUGGACUGGCCGGAUUUCAUACAUUUCUUGCUGCGUCCAAUCAAACGACUAAUGAAGAUAUUAAAGGAUCUUUUGCCAGUCGAACAGGACGGCCAAAUUCCAAUCCAUAUAGUCGAGGUAACAUCUGUGCCAAUUAUUGUUAUGUAUUGUGUUCUCCUCGUCCACCAAGUCUUUUAGAUAGACGUGGUGUGGUUUUAUCGUUAACCGAAUCUAAAUCAAUGAACAAAAGUCAGAGUAGAGAUACAGUAAUAUCUAAUAAAGGGUUUGAAGUUUCUGAUGCACCUGUCAACCAGAAUGGCAAGACAAAUACUGAUGAGAUACAAUUGCAUCAAUAUGGUUCAUCUAGUAUGUUACAACCAGAUAGCCUAGACCGCAAUCAACAUACAUUCACAACAUCGAUGCCAAGUAUUCAUCAUUCGCAAAACAAUCAUGUGCAUCAAAGUCAUAUAAUAAAUGGUGUGAAAUUCAACAAAAGUGUAACUUCCUUGACUAACACAUUCAACGAUACUGGCAUUUACGAGACUAUUGAACCGGGUCGAUUAGAUCCAGAUCUAGAUUUAGAUGAUGGGUCAAAAACUAUAUCUGGUGCUCCACCGCUGAGUGCUAGUCGGCUACAACUACUUCAGGACACGACAAUGAUCGAGUCAGCUUUAGACCUGGAUUCAUUAGAAGAUGCAUCAUCAGUUGGAACUGGAAGCCAAGUGAAAUUGGUUAAAAACAAAAAUACGUUAUGACUAAACUAGAUUGAAAAAAAAACAAAUUAUGUACCUGUUCAUUUUUGUAGUCAUACAUAAAUGUAAAAUUCCUUAUGGCGUCUAGGCAAUUUAUAUGUUGUUUUAAUAUGACUUAAAAUAAAAUUAGUGGCAAAAUUGUUAUUUACCACCAACUGACUGCCCAAUCAAAUUGUUUUAGGAUUAACAAUUUUAAUGUUAUUAAAUAAGUGCCUUUUGCUUUAUUUAUUAUUCUAAUUAGGUCAUUAAACUAAAGCCUAACAUUUUUUAAGUAUUUAAUUUCAUUACUAAACAGUAAACACCAUGUCAUAUUUUGCACUUUUCUAAUUUGGUCCUUAAAGUUAUUAAAUUAGAUACAUAUAUUUUUUUGUAUUAUAAGAUAACUUAAUUUAAAUUAUAGUAUUGUUAUAUGGCAUUACAGAAGUGUUGUGGCUAAGGUUUGACUUAAAUAUGCCAAUGAAUAAUAUGUUUUAUUUUUAUAGUCAGGGUUUAUAAAUAGGUAAUUAUUAUUGUUAAAUUUUUCUUUUUUUAAUAAAAAAACUAACGAUUUUUUUCGGGUGUUACCAUCUUCUAUAAGACUUUUAAACAUUCUAAUAGGUAAAUCAAUUAUUUAUUAUUUUUAUUAAUAAUUAGUAUGUACAUUUUUUUUUUUUAUUUUAUUGUUCAUGAAUUUUGCGGUUGUGCUUUUACUUGAAUUAACGCGUUAGUGCCUAUUUCUUGGAAAUAAUUUUUUUUCUUUUUAUAAUUAAUGUUAUUGAUAAAAGUUUAUUAAUUAGAUGAAAGAAAUUCAAUAUAUAUUUUUAUAUUUACAUUGUUCAACAUUUAAAUUGUUAUUUGUUAUAAAGGUAAAAAUAGGGUUUAAAAUAUAAAUUUUGAUUUUCUUAAAACGAAGACAUCAAAAAUCAAAAUUUAAUUUUCAUUUCAGCAUUUGAAUUCAUUGAAUCAAAAAUCAAAUUUAAGAUGGCUAGUUUGUUUUUUUAUUGUAAAGACUUCUACAUUAUAUUUAUUAUACAGUUUAAAAAUAGUUUUAAUCAUUGAUACAUCAUUUAUUCAUUUAAUAUUUAAAGCAGUAAUAUACAAUUAUUUUUUUACU